GUUGUGAUAGUGUUUCAAGAUAAGAUACCUCUUCCGGUGUGUGUUUGUUACUGCUAGUAAACCACCAGUGGUGAAAGCCUAAACAGUCUAAAAUUUUUCACCGCAUCGAAAACAACUGUGUCGGAAGCGAUGACGUCGUUGGAGAAUAAAUUAACUGUUGACCAAACGGAUGAGAUUCGAGUACCUAAAUUCCGAUGCGAAAUAUUGCAAGUUGUGCAAGAUUUUUGUGGAAUAAUGACACUGGUGCUGAUUCAUCCACUUUUCUACCACUACAAAGAUCCUCGUUUUGUCCCGCCGGUCCCUUAUCAAAUCUACGCGUUUCUGUUGUUCAACGUCGUUAUCCUGAGUGAGCUGAUCUUUUGGGAUGAGGCAAGUAGAGGUAAAAUUCACAAACGGUUUGGAUUGACGGUGCAGACUUGGAGUACCCUGGUGCUGUACUACUUUGGCUUCGUGAGCCUGCUAUACUAUUUUGGUUCGUUUAUGCUACUGGUAUUCCAAAUUGGAAUUUACAGCACAGGUGUCAACAUAUUGACUGGAGUGAUGGGCUUAUUGGCCAGUUUUGCGUACGCAUACCAGUGGUGGAAGCAAUACAGUAUGCGUAUGGGAAUCGAGACAUUGUCGGAAGCCAGCAAUGAAAAAGAUACGGGAAGUGACUAAUUUCGUAUAAUGUCUGUGGUUAAAAGUCGUGAUCGUAGGUACAAUAAUGAAUUAUGUUUAGUGAAUAAAUAUGUGCAAAGAACGUCAUACCCGCAAUACAAAAUUUUUAAUAUCAACUUUGAUCCAAACACAAACUCAACGUAGAAUGGUUCUACUCCAUGGAUAUACGAAGUCCUUAAACAUCUGCAGUUUCCUACCGCAAAAAACUUCCGUCAGAUACAGAUCGGACUGUUUUGUUGGCCAAACCCAUGCCAUCUGUCCAAGUGUAGAUAAUCUGUACCAUGCAGUGCUGCCAGUGCGACUUACAGAAAAUGAUUGAUUGCGGAAACGGUGUGCAAUUGAAAAACUAAGAUCAAAAUUAAUCUUUAUAUUAAUGGAAGUUAUUAGGGAACCUGAAUUUUUACAAACUAACCGGAAUUCGAAUGAGCUUAGAAGGGAUGCCAGUUUAUUUGACAACGUAGUAAGGCUGAAGUUGACAUGAAAAAGAAAACCUAUAAAGAUAAUUCCAGAGAUAAGAUAUCAGCAAAGGUUUCUUUGUGGAAUUGUUAGCUAACGCUAGAGUGAAAAUUCUAACAGUUGAAAGUUUUAAGCCAAAACGAAAGUAACUACGUCAAAAAGCGAUGACCGUUACAGUGCCGAUAUCGGAGAAGGAACCGAGCAUCGACAAAGCGGUUCCGAGUGGUGAACCUUGCAAGGAAUGUUCGUGCAACAGAAAGAAAAAGAAUGACUAUCUCUGGUCGAUACGCGGAAUAUUACAAAUCGCGCAAAUUGUUUUUGGAUUGGUGGCACUGAUCCUGAUCCAUCCCCCUAUGUUUUAUUGGAACGGUUCUCAUUAUUUUAUGAUGUUUCCUUAUUAUACCUACUUCUUCCUGACCUUCAAUGCUGUGUUUCUGAGUGAGAUCAUUCUAUGGGAUGAGCUGAGUGAAGGCAAAGUACGCAGGAGACUUGGAUUGGAACGUAUUUGGAGCACUAUGAUACUCUACUAUCUCGGGAUUAUGAGUUUGCUGUACUACUUCGGCUCGUUCGUAUUGUUGGCAUUCAGUAUCCGUUUCGGACAAGAGAACAUUGUUGCCGGAGUGCUAGGGUUGUUGGCUGGCUAUGCAUAUACACACCACUGGUGGUUGCAGUACACGGUUCGGGUGGAAGCAGAGAAAGUUCAGGAGGCUCUUUCAUCAGUGUAGUAUCCGUAAAGAGCGAACUCUGUUCUUGGGAUCCAUUAAUAUUGAACUAUUAUCUUGAAAAUAAAACUGUUACAUAUAA